GCUAAAAUUCCUGGACACACGGGCUACCUAACCUUCGCCUCUUGGUUACCCAGGCUGAAUUUGGAUGGACCGAUCAGAGAUGACCUCCGUUCUCAGGAUGAUCUGCACUUGGCGGAACAAGAAAAGCGGCAGGCCGACAUACAGUUAGACGAGGACGAUCAUAAAAAUGAUGCAGAGAAUAAUCAUAUUGUGAAAAAAAUUUCGAAGGUCACUUCUGCAUGUGUGAAGAUGCCGCGUUUGGCCAAAUCUACUUCUAAUACCUACACAAUUGUUCCGCAUACUACUUCCAUCCUUGAUAACACUAAACUAGAAGAUAACGAAAAUAACAUUUAG